UAGAUGUAGGACACCGUUGUGACAGACAUUAUUUGUUCUGUUGUAAACAAAAAUUUCGAUGCGUAGCAUCCCACCUUAUCCUUAGUUAUAUCUAUCAUUAUUUCCCUGUAAUCUAAAUAUUGCAAGAAGUUUGUUUGCUUUAGUUAUUAAGUCUUAUAAAUUAGUAUAUUAGAUUGUAUCAAGUUACGCGUUCGAUGUAUUUGUGUUUUCGAAUGAUUCUGCUGUGUUGAGUUCUUUAUUGGAAAGUUUUGAUAAUGGCUGAAGUGAAAGCUUUAGAGCAUCCCACAUUAAAAGUUCCUUAUGAAGUUUUAAAUAAAAAAUUUAGAACUGCUCAAAAAACUGUAGAUCGUGAGGUGUCUCAUGUUCAGAAUGCUGCUUCCGAUUUAGAAAAAGGUCUUCUCAAGAAAUCUCCAACUGUAGGGGAAAUAAACGUUUUACUGAAUGGGGUCGUAGAAAAACUAAAUAUUCUGAAGCGCAAAUUAGUAAGUAGCCAGUCAGAAGGGAGUGUUAGCGAGGAGCUUGAAGCUGCCCAAGUUUGCAAACGGAGAUUGGAUCAUUUAUUAGAGCAUGCCAGUUCUUCAGAAACGGUCGUCGCUCAGUGGAAAAAAAAGAGAUUGGAUCGUAUGCUGGUCGAUCACUUUCUGCGAUGUGGUUACUACAACACAGCUUUGAAAUUAGCCAAGCACUCCAAUAUUGAGGAUUUGACCAAUAUUAAUUUAUUUCUCAUCUCCAAGGAUGUUGAAGAAUCUCUGCUUCGCCAUGAAACAGUCAAUUGUUUGAACUGGUGCUAUGACAACAAAUCAAAACUUAGGAAAUUAAAAAGUUCUUUGGAGUUCAAUUUACGGCAGCAAGAAUUCAUUGAACUGAUUCGUCAAGAUCUUCGAAUUGAAGCCAUAAAGCAUGCCAGGAAAUAUUUUGCUAGUGUUGAAGAAGAUCAGAUGAAAGAGGUUCAGCAUGUUAUGGGAUUAUUAGCUUUUCCACUUUGUACUCAAGUUCAUCCUUAUAAGGAAUACUUUGAUGAAGAUCGCUGGAAUAAGCUCGUUUUGCAGUUCAGACAUGAUAAUUUCAAGCUGUAUCAGCUUAGUAAUAUAUCUGUGUUUUCUGUAUCUCUUCAGGCAGGCUUAUCAGCAUUAAAAACUCCAAUUUGCUAUAAAUCUGAAGGUGAGCGUAAUCCAGAUUGUCCUGUGUGUAGUCCAGCCUUGAAUAAGUUGGCUCAGUCCUUACCCUAUUCUCAUUGUUCUCAGUCACGACUAGUCUGCUAUAUAUCUGGGGAACCACUUAAUGAACACAACCACCCUCUGAUGUUGCCAAAUGGAUAUGUGUAUGGCGAACAAUCGCUGAAACAAAUGGCUGCUGAGAAUGGAGGCAAAGUUACUUGUCCUCGUACAAAAGAAGUCUUUGACUUUAAAGAUGCCGAGAAAAUAUUUGUCAUGUGAUUGAAAUUGUCUAUCUUUUAUAUGCUGUUGUUAUAUGUUCUAUAGUUUUACUCAUUUUUUUUUCUCUUGUUAUGUGUUAGUGCAUUGUUCUUACUAUAGGUAAAAGAAAAAAUUAUUUUAAAAAUAUUUUGUUCUACUAUUUUCAAUAGGUUGACCAUACAAGUUAAAUAAAAUAUACAUAUAAUAACUGUCUGAA